GCGCCGUUGCUAGGAAACAAGAAUGAAACAAACGUAGUCGCUGAGAAUUCGCCGCGCCGCGUUCCCAGCUUCCCGGGAGCGGGGCCGGCCAUGGCGGCGCGGGGCCGCGAGAAGGAGCCGCCCGACCUGGUGCAUCAGAACCAGAUUUUCUGCGAGACCGUCCGGAAGGAGCUACGGUGCCAGAAACUGCACACGGAGUACGGGGUCAACCCCCUCAAACGGGUUCACACUAUCACCAGGAAGCCAAUGUCUUGGCAUGAUAACAUAGAAGAGCCUGCGGAUGCCAAGUUUCUGAAUCUUAUUCACCAUGCUGCACUGGAGCCAACCAAGAAAUAUACAGAGCCACAGACAGAGAGCCAGGAAAUUGGCUGGAACAAUACUCCCUUGAACUGCAUAAGGAUGGAUGAGAGUCUGACUUGUACCCAGCCUGGCUCAAAAGAAAUGGUUGGUUGCAGAGUGGAUGAGUCAUGUUCCCUGUGCAGGAAUAUGAUGCUAGAUGCAUAGAGGGAGUGUGCACAUGUGCUUUGUUCCCCUAACAGGCGACUGCUGUCUGAUGUUGCUAGUUCUGAAGUGCUGAGAUUGAAAAUUCCUCCUCCAAUGGAUUUUUACUGCAGUGUUCACAGAUAGUGUUCACAGCCCUGUUUUCAGACACACAGCUGUCCAGAAAUUCUCAUUUUUUAAAUGCUGGGUCUCAACCCAAAUAUAUUUUUUCCUUUUGAAAGUUUGAGUAAUAUUAAUUCAACCAAUUUUUCAUCUGUAUGAGGAUGAAAAUACUAUUCUGCUGUGUAUAUGUUCCAUAUAAAACCCUAUGUCAUAAAGGCUAUUAUAAUGCUGCACUUAUUAAAGACUAAGGUAAAAUUG